AUGAUGAUGAGGUUCAGAGCUUGCAAGCUUUAUUCUUCUUCUUUUUCUUGCCUUAUGGCACCUUCUAAAUUGUUCCUCACAUCUUCCUCUUCUUCUGUUGUUCCUCCAUUUCCAGUCAAAGCUUUUCUUGGCUCUACCAUCCCUCAAACUCAAGGCUACAAGAACACUAGUGUUCUUUUCCCAAGAGCCUCUUCAGCUUCUUUGACCAAGGAAGAGGAAGUUCAAGGUAAAGGCAUUGGAUUACUCAGAGCGGUUGAGGACAGACAUGGGGGAGUUAUUGUAACCAUGGAAGACCCUAUGGAUUCCUUAGUUUUUGCUUCUUUGUUAGAAGCUUCAAUAUCACAUUGGAAGGGACAGGGAAAGAAGGGAGUGUGGAUCAAGUUGCCAAUUGAACAUUCAAAUCUUGUGGAUGCUGCUGUUAAGGCUGGAUUUAGAUACCACCAUGCUGAACCUGAUUACUUGAUGCUUGCAUAUUGGAUUCCCAAUACUCCUGAUACCCUUCCUGCAAAUGCUUCACAUCGCGUUGCUAUUGGUGCUUUUGUCAUGAAUACCAAUAACGAGGUAACUGUUACAUAUAUUAAUAUAAAAUCAUUAGAACAAGUAUUUGGAGUGCUUGUGGUUCAGGAAAGCAAUGGUAGAUUCAGUGGCAGAGGAAUAUGGAAGUUACCUACUGGAGCUGUUAAUGAAGGUGAGGAUAUCUGUACAGCUGCAAUUAGAGAAGUCAAAGAAGAGACAGGGAUAGAAACAGAGUUUGUUGAGGUUUUAGCAUUCAGGGAAAAGCAUAGAUCUUUCUUCCAAAAAUCGGACUUGUUCUUUGUUUGUAUGUUGCAACCUCAUUCCUUUAAUAUUCAGAGGCAGGUUUCAGAAAUUGAGGCAGCUCAGUGGAUGCCAAUUGAUGAUUAUGUUGCCCAGCCUUUUGUCCGAGAAAAUGAGCAAUUUGACUUUCUUACUAAAAUAUGCUUAUCAAAUAUGGAUGGGAAGUACAGUGGCUUUUCUACACUACUUACUAAUACAUCCUCUUCAAAGAAAUCCUAUUUGUAUUUCAACAAGAAGGAUGCUGGCCGCUUGUUAGCUUCCAAAAUUUAA